AUGGCCGCCGCCGGCGACGACGCGCCCGCGGGGCUCUUCUCCGGCGUUUGGUCCCGCCUCCACGCCGCGGCCUCUGUCUGGCGUCGCCGGGGCCAGGCCUCCCGCGACGGUGAUGGGGGGGAGGAGGAGUCCACCGUGCGGUCGCGCCUUGCGAGGCGGGCCGCGGCGGCGCGGCGGGUCGGACGGAAGCUCGCCUUCGUCUCCUUCAACCUCGAGGUGCUGGUAUUCAUCUACGCGUUCUGGAGGGCGAGGAGACGGAGUCUGACCUGGAGGCAGCCCAUCCAGGUGCUGCCGGUGCUUGCGGUCCCUGCUCUCGCCACGCUCAUAUACGCCGCCUUCGUCCGCUUCACCAGAAUGCUUGACCUAAAGGACAAAAGAACACUUGAAAGACUUCAAGAGGACAAGCCGCAAACUGAGUGUGAACCAAGGGAUUCAGUUGACCUCAAGGACAAGGAAACGCUUGAAAGACUUCAAGAGGACAAGCAGCGAACUGAGUGUGAACCAGGGGAGUUUGACCGGGACAACCAAAACAAUGUCCAGAACUGUGAUGAUGUGGACGAUGCUAGUAAUUCUCUGGUUGGAACUGAUUCAGCAGCACAAACUGCUAAGCUUAUGAAACAUCGCCAGUCGAGCAUUAAGCAUAGAGAUGAUGAUGGAGCAGAUAUGGCUUGGGGUCAUAGCAAGGAUUUCCAAUCAGCACCCUCAGGUGGACUAAGGAUGAGAAGAUUGUCAAGUGCAAAAACAUACAUGACCAGCAGCAGGUUUAUAGAAAGAAGUGUGGAGAAGACACAGGAAAUGCCAUCUGUCUCUGCACAUUUAGAUCAGCAUGUCCAUGUCCCUAUUUCCACUGAAGAUACUAUUUCGUAUCAUUUUGAUGAUUGCCGCAGCAUGCAUGCUCAACCUGCAGAUACCCCUCAAGAAUUGUCUGAAGGAGAUGGUGACAAAGAAGGGUUUGAUGGAUUAUGGGACAUUGUGGAAACUCGUUCCAAUUCCAGCAAGGAGAAUCCCAUAUCUCCAGUUGGUUCUCAUAAUAAUUUUUAUGACGGAGACGAUUCACGCUCCCCUGCAUCUUCACCAGACGACUUUGUUGCUCAUAAUAGCUUAAAUGACUUCAGCCCUGACCUGUCUGGUCUGGUACUACCUGCAUCAGAAACCUUGAAAAUGUUGCCUCCCGAAGGUGUCAGGGAGGAAGCAUUGCUUGAUCCACACAAGUCAGAAGUGUUGCAUAUGUAUUCUUUGACUCCAAAGGAGAGCCCUACUCCCUAUGCAGUCAAUGACAAGGAACUGCCAAUCACUCCUGACAUGGGGACCUAUUCAGAGUUGCUUGGCGAGGGAGUCGAGGAGACAGAAUCGUCCAUAUUCCAUACACCAGAGGACAGUACGCCAUCCUUCAUCUCAGAGGAGGUUUUACUGUGUCCACCUGCAGUCAGUAAUAUCGAACAUUGCUUGGGGACUCCAGAGUUCUCUUUGUGCGGUCAAGAGACUGAAAAAAUUGAAGUUGUUGGAAGUGUCAGCUUUACUAAUGACAGUCCUGAGUUAAGCUUCUUAUCCUCUCCAGAAUUAGUUGUGGAGAGUGCUGAGGAUGCCAUUGAGAAAGAAUUAUGUGAGUUAAACUCAAAGGAGGAGAAUACUAUGCUCAUCAGUAUGGAGGAGGAACCUUUGCAAGGUCCACUUAUAGUCAGUACUGGUACUAGUGAACAAUGCCUGGAAACUUCAGAUGCCUCUUUAUGCAUUCAAGAUACCAAGGCGGGGGAAGUUUCUGGAAUUAUAAACUUUGUUACAGCCACUCCUGAAUUAAUGUAUACAGCGUCUCCGGAGUUACUUGCAGAAGGUGAUGAGGACUUGAAGGAGGAUAAAACGUCUGAUUUGCAUUUACCGGAGCAGAAUGGCCUACCUUUAAACAUUGAGAAAGAACCUAUUCUGGAUUCACUUGUAGCUGAUACUGCUGAGGAUGUCGAGAGAACAGAAGUUCAUGAUGUUGUCCAGGAAGGUUCUUUUGAAUCAGAAGACGAGGAAACAUUUAAUAAUCCAAAUCUUGUUGUCACUUCUUCAAUUGAUGAUAGUAAAAAUCAAAAUUUGAUAAGUGACUCAAUGCUUGUUCAAUUUAUUCCAAACACCGACAUAAAUGAAGCUCUUGAAGGUGGCUGGGAAGCAGUUUCUGAACCGCUACAUCAAGGCCCUCGCCAUUCUGAAGGAAUGUUCUUAUCUCCCGGGGAGAUCAAUAAUGACGAAGUCUAUUCUUUGACUCCAAUGGAGAGCCCUACAUUGUAUGCAGUCAAUGACAAGGAGCUGCCAAUCACUCCUGACAUGGAGAGCUAUCCAGAGUUCUUUGGCGAGGGAAUUGAAGAGAUAGUAUCGUCCAAGUUCCAUAUGCCAGAGGAGAGUACGACGCCCUUCAAUUUGGAGGAGGUUUUACCGUGCUCGCUUGCAGUCAGUAAUAUAGAAAAUUGCCCCGGGGCUCCAGAGUUCUCUGUAUCUGGUGAAGAAGAGACUGAUAAAAUGGAAGUUGCUGGAAGUGUCAGCUUUAUCAAUGUCAGUCCUGAGUUGAGCUUCUUAUCUUCUCCAGAGUUGGUUGUGGAGAGUGCUGAGGAUGCCACCGAGAAAGAAUUAUGUGAAUUAGAUACAAAGGAGGACAAUGCUAUACUCAUCAACAUGGAGGAGGAAGCUUUACAAGAUCCGCUUAUGGUCAGUACCAGUACUGUUGAACAAUGCUUGGAAACUUCAGAUGUCUCUUUACGCAUUCAAGAUGCCAAUCCUAAAUCGAUGUACCCACCAUCUCCAGAGGUACUUGGAGAAUAUAAUGAAGAAUUCAAGGAGGAUCAAACGUCUGACUCGCACAUACUGGAGGAGAAUGGCCUACCUUUUAAUUUUGAAAAGGAACCUAUUCUGGAUUCACCUGUAGCUGAUACUGCUGAGGGCGUCGAGAUAACAGGGGUUCAUUAUGUUGUCAAGGAAGGUUUUUCUGAGUCAGAAGGCGAGGAAGCAUUUAACUAUCAAAAGCUUGCUGUCACAGAUUCGGAGGAUGAUAGUGACACUCAAAAUUUGAUUAUUGAUUCAAUGCCAGUGAAAUUCAUUCGAAACAGCGACCUAAAUGAAGUUCUUGAAGGUGGCCAGGAAGCAUUUUCUCAGCCACUAUGCCAAAGCACUCGCCAUUCUGAAGGAAUGUUCUUAUCUUCAGCGGAGAUCAAUAAUGAUGAAGUCUAUUCAAGCAACUCAAAUUCAUAUGCCAAUGUGGUGGAAGAUGCUGCACCCUCUGAAGGACUUUCUAAGUUUGAAGAUGAAAUGUCUAUUGCUUCUUUAGAUACUCCCAUCUGCCUGGAUGAGGUUAAAAGUGCAGCUAUUGUUGACAUUGAUAUAGUCAGUCCUAAACUGAGCCUUCAACCAGAGCUGCAUGAUGUGGGAGUUGAGGAGAAUGAAUUUUCCAAGUUCCAUGUACCAGAGGAAAUCAGAACACCCUUCAAUUUGGAGGAGCAAGUUUUGCUAUCCCCAGUUGCGGUCAAUAAUACUGAAUACUGCAGGGAGACUCAGGAGUUCUCUUUGUACAAUCAAGAGAAUGAGGAAAGGGAAGUUGUUGAAAGUGUCAGCUAUAUUAAGGUCAGUCCUGAGUCGAGCCUCUUAUCCUCUCCAGAGUUUGUUGGGGAGGGUGGUGAGGAUGCUAGGGAGAAAGAAGCACGCGAAUUAAACACAAAUGAGGAGAAUGAGACACUCAUCAAUUUGGAGGAGGAACCUUUACAAGCUGUGCCUGUGGUCAGUACUACUGAUCAGUGCUUGGAAACAUCAGAGUUUUCUUUAUCUAGUGAAGUUGCCAAGACAAUGGAUGUUCCAGAGAUUGUUAGCUUUGUUACAGUCAGUCCUGAAUUAAACUACUCUGCAUCUUCAGAGUUACUAUCAGAGGGGGACGGGGACUUACACGAGGAUGAAACGUCUGACUUGCACUUAAAGGAGCAGAAGGCCCUACCUUUUAAUUUGGAGGAGCCUUUUCUGGAUCCACUUGUAGUUGAUACUGCUGAAGAUGCGUUGGCUACAUCAGAACUUUUGAUAUGCAGUGAAGAGGUCAAGAUGACCGAAGUUCAUGGAGUCGUCGAGGAAGUUUUCUCUGAAUCAGAAGACGAGGCAGCAUGUGACCAUCCAAACCUUGUUCUCGCCUCUCCAGAUGAUGACAGUACCGCUCAAAAUUUGACAAGUGAUUCAAUAUCUGCUCAGGUCAUUCCGGACACCAGUGUAAAGGAAGCUUCUCAAGCUGGUCAGGAAGCAUUGCCUGAGCCACCACAUGAAAGCAUUUGCCAUUCUGAAGGAACAUUCCUAUCUUCAGGUGAGGUCAAUCAUGAUAAAGUGACAGUUGAAGCACCAUUUGCUGGUGAGGGAGGACUUUCUAUGCCUGAAGAUGAAAUAGCUUUGACUUCUGUAGAGACUUCCAUCUUGCUUGAUGAGGUUAGAACUGCAGAAAAUUUGGCAGCCAACUCUGAACCUUCUCAGUCCAUCCCAGACAUCAACGGAUUUCAAUCUCUUCACGACCAGGAACAAGCUCCAUCUGAAACACUGCAGGACACUAAUUUUCUUCUCGAGGGAAGCCACACAUCUUCAGAUGAGGGUAUAAACUCUGAAAUAUUUUCGCUGUAUUCCAGGUCAUCUUCAUGUGUUUCAGAGAUCAACAUGCUGGAAUCUCUCGAUUAUUAG